AUGACAGCAGUGGUAAAAACACUGAUCCAAGCCCGUCCUGUGGGCAAAGACUUCCUCUUGUCUACCAACAUCCCAUUUCUGGACAGGAACAAUCCAGAUGCAUUCACAAAACGUUUCCAGGAGGAUUUCCAGCCUUUUUCUUCAAAGAAGCAGGAAGUUGUUCCUCCGCCCAUCCCGGCCCAGGUGGACCACAAGGACUUGAGGCACAUCAAGGAGUACCUGACAGAGGCGAGGGUGUCCUACCACUGUCACCCACUGCCACAGAUCACUCGCACCCCACCCAUGACAGCACUUCACACCAACUUCAAGAUGCAAACAGACCCUGGGGAGGUUACUUUCCUCACCACACAUUCCCAGAAAUUCCAACCCUGGCCUUUCCAGCAUCCUCCCACUCCCAUCCGACACACAGAGGCCACCAAGAAGAUCCAGCAUGUGGAAACGCUCCCAGAAAGCACCAGCAAAGCCUCCUUCACUCCACACCACCACUGUCCUGUUGUAAAAGCCGCAAAAGAGGGCUUUCCCACGAUCGAAGGGGACAGGCGCCAUCAACAUUUUGCCUCCCAGUACAACGACACCUUCCAGGGAGCCUGGACCAGAGCAGCUAAACCUGUGGAAAAGCCCUCCUCAGUGGCUCUGGGUGAUCCUGCGAAGAUUGUGGUGAGAGAGACGACCCAUGCUGCGUCAUUCAUCCGGCCCACUGUCUGCAGAUACAGACCACCUGUGGUAAAGGAACCUUUGAAGCUUGACCUUGGAAAGUUCUCUAAGGACUUAUGGCUGUCCACAACCAGAGAGACCUUUGGCCACCACAAGCUGGGAGAUCCAGUUGUUGUGAUGAGGAGGAACCAAAAUUCCAGUUCCUUACCCAAGGGGGACACUAAUUCGAGGCGCAACAAGGAAAGGAUGUCUGUCACCACCAACAGCAUAUCCUUCUCUGAUCAGAGCCACACAGAGCGUCCAGUGUAUGUGCUUGGGGCUGACCUGAUGACCAAUAGCCAUGUACAGUUCAGCCCACCCUGUCUGUCGGGCCUGUACUACACAACCACUGCCAAAGAGCACUACAUCAAACAGGACGGAGAGCGGGCCAGACCAGCCAUCCAGCUGCCGAGCAACAUACUGAGUGGACCAGGACAUGAGUGGAAGUCCAGCACCACCAAGACUGACUACAUCCCUUUAAAGGUCUGCAGACAGACACCUUGUCCAUCAAUGCAGGGGAGCAACAUCAGGUUCCCGCUGGAUCGUCAGCAUUACAGCACCACCCACAGUGAAGACUACACCGCCAAACCUUUGAUCAUGCAGCGUCCCGGCUGCAGCCAGUUCUGCACUCAUUUUGUCAUGCAGUGACUGUGAGUCGCACCUUGGUCACUUGCUCUUGUGUUCCCACCCAGCUCUAGAUAAAACUUUUAUAUACUAUGUAUAUACUUUUAUGGAUGCAGAGUUUUUGACAAUGCUGCAACAGCACUUUUCAAAUGGGCACAUAUGUACAACUGCUGAACAAAUAACAACACACUAACAUAAUAUGCAGUUAAACAUGUCUUUAAUUUUACAUACAAGUAAACUAUUAUGC